AUGCCAGCGGUCACAUCAAGAAAGGGAAAGUCUCGUGCUGCUCCUGUGGAAGAGGAGAAAACCCAAGCAGCUAUGCCUUUGGGAAAGCAGCUCGCUCAUACCGAUAAAAAGAUUCGUGAUAGAGCCAUCGCCAAUCUUGUAGCAUUUCUGUCACAGGCCGGAGACACGGAAGGAGAAUCGAGCUCUUAUGUCCGUCUUGAUGACCUGGAAAUGGCCAAACUUUGGAAAGGACUGUUCUACUGCUUUUGGAUGUCCGACAAACCAUUAGUGCAGCAGGCUCUUGCAGGAGACCUGGCCGAAUUAUUAUUGCAGAUCAAACCUCGAACAGCAUCCCCUCAGGAUCAGUUCGAAGCUAGUCUGGCAUUUUUAGAAGGGUUCUGGGAUGCUAUAGUAAGAGAAUGGGCAGGUAUCGAUAGGUUGAGAAUGGACAAAUAUUACCUCCUCAUGAGGCGGUAUGUCAAUGCAACUUUUAGACUGCUCGCGAGAGAGAAAUGGGACAAAAAUGCGGUAGAAGCUGUAAAUAGGAUUUUGAGCAAGAACGGUGGCCCAAUGACCUGGGAGGAUCGUAAAGUCCCUACGUCCAUCGCUACUCAUCUUUCCGAUAUAUAUCUUGAUGAGCUGAACAAAGCACUGGCUCUUCCUGAAGUCGACUCCCAGCCUGCAUGUCCCUUAGUUGCCGUUCUAGAACCUCACAUUACACUUCUCACCCGCACCACCACCUCUACCGUUCACACUCGACUCAUGGCGUCGAUAUUCACCCCGUUAUUGGAAUCUCUCACCCUUGCUUCCCCUUCACUCGCUCUUGAACGUGACGCAGAACGUCCCCCCAAACGAACGAAAAAAGAUGAGCCAAUGUACGCUCAUAUUGUUAUGCAUUCCUGCACUGGUCAGGAAGGGCGAGUUGAGCGGUCAAGCGCUAGCGCUUUGAGGAGAGGUCUGCUGAAGAGAAUGUUUGAGGCUGCUGCAGAUGGAAAGACUGGAGAGAGUAAUAGGAGAAAAGUAUAUACGGUAUGGCGGGAGGAAGGUGGAGAUGACGACGAUGACGAGGACGACGAAUGA